AUGCUGGGGCAUUAUGUAAAAUGGAAUCUGGUUUGGAACCAGUUCAGCUGCCUUUCAUCCUGGUUAUUCAACUAUCAUCUACAGCACCUGCCUGUUAUAGUAAAAGCAAGUAACAUCACAAUGUUACAUCAUCUAGUAUUUCUCUUAGGAAUGUCACUGGUAGCCAAAGAAAUAUUUGCAUUUACAAGCUGCUAUUCCGAUGGCCAAAUUGCCAGGUAUUAUUUUUGUAACCUCACCGAGGUUCCACCUGUGCCCAAUAAUACAGUUAUACUCUGGCUAAAUUUCAACAAAAUCAGGCAAGUGAAUGCAUCCUCCUUCCCUCUGCUGGAACAGUUGCAGAUUUUGGAAAUUGGAACCCAGCUUGUCUUUUCUGUUACCAUAGGGAAAGCAGCUUUUAGGAACCUGCCAAACCUUCGAAACUUAGAUUUAGGAGACAAUAAGAUACUUCAUCUCGAUCCUGAUGCUUUUGUGAAGUUGUCAAAUGUACAAAUACUCCGGCUAUAUCACAACAGUCUUGAGGAGUCCAUUCUGGAAGAAGACUAUCUUCGAGAUAUGAUCUCCUUAGAAUAUUUGGAUCUUUCUGGAAACAAGAUCAAAAGCCUUCGCCCUCAUCGCUUAUUUUACCGUCUAAAAUCCUUGCAAAUUGUGGACCUGAAAUACAACUGGAUACCCAUCUUAUGUGAAGGAAACCUUGAUAGCUUCCAGGGAAAAUUCUUCCAAUUGUUUAUUCUCAAUUCUAAUAAAUUAUACUACUCAAUUUCUAUGGACUGGGCCAAGUGUGGAAAUCCUUUCAAAAACAUAGCCCUGGACACCCUGGAUCUUGGUGGUAAUGGCUGGGGUGUAGAUAUAAUGCAACACUUCUGCACAGCUGUGAAUGGGACUUCAAUUGUUUUUUUGAAGCUGAGCCAUCACAUAAUGGGUCCAGGAUUUGGCUUUAAGAACUUAAAAGAUCCAGACCAAGAUACAUUUGCAGGGCUAGCAAGAAGUGGCGUUCGCUUACUGGAUAUUUCACAUGGUUCUAUUUUCUCUCUCAAUCCUUAUGUAUUUCAGAGCCUUGGUGAUCUGGAAUUGCUGAACCUUCACAACAACAAGAUAAAUCAGAUCCAAAAACAAGCAUUUUUUGGUCUGGGAAACCUAGGAACUCUCAACCUGUCAUAUAACAUUCUGGGGGAGCUGUACGAUUAUACUUUUGAGGGGCUUCAGAAUGUGAUGCAUAUUGAUUUGCAACAAAAUCAUAUUGGAGUAAUUGCUGGGAAUUCGUUCAGGGAUUUAAGAAGGUUAAAGUUGGUGGAUCUCCGGGACAAUGCCAUUAAAACUCUCCCUUCUUUCCCAGCCAUGAUCACUCUUCAUUUAAGUGACAAUAAGCUAUUAUCUGUAAGUAACCAGAGAAUAAAUGCAACAGUCCUUAUCUUGGAAAGAAACAGACUGGACAAUCUGGGUGAUCUUUAUAUUCUUUUACAAGUUCCAGAUGUGAAGUAUAUCUUGUUAAGACAAAAUCGUUUAUCUUAUUGUGUUAAAAGUGUUGAUGUUAUAGAAAAUAACCAGUUAGUCUACUUGGAUCUAGGAGAAAACAUGUUAAAGCUUGUGUGGGACAGAGGUUUAUGUUUGGAUGUGUUCAGGGCACUUUCCAAACUAGAGGUGCUCCACCUGAACAACAACUACCUUACUACCCUUCCACAGGAUAUUUUUAGUGGUCUAACAUCAUUAAACAGACUUAACCUAGCCUCCAACCUGUUGUCUUAUCUUUCUCCUGGUGUUUUCCCUGAGAGCCUAAAGACACUUAAUAUGUCUGAAAACCAACUUCUUUCACCUGCCCUUGAGCUCUUCAUGACUUUGAGUAUCCUGGAUAUAACAAAUAACAGGUUUUUCUGUGAUUGCAGUUUAAACACCUGGACAGCACGGUUAAAUCAAACCAAUGUGACCUUAGCUGGCUCAGAAAAUGACACAUACUGUAUACUCCCACCUUUUUUAACAAGGGUUCCACUCUCUUCAGUGGCACUUGAUGGCUGUAAUGAAGACGAACUCCAGAAGCCUCUACAGUUCUCACUGUUCAUCUUCACUUCAGUCACUCUGAUAAUGUUCCUAACAGCAGUCAUCAUUUUUAGUCACUUUCGGGGGACUUGUUUUGUCUGGUAUAAGACCAUCAAAGGUGCUAUGCUAAAAGAACGUAAGCAAGCAAUAGAUACAAGUGCAUAUCAAUAUGAUGCAUAUUUAUGCUACAGCAGCAGAGACUUUGAGUGGGUCCAAAAUUCAUUGAUAAAGCACCUGGACUCUCAGUACUCUGAGAAAAACAGAUUUACUUUGUGCUUUGAAGAAAGAGAUUUCCUGCCUGGGGAGGAACAGAUCACCAACAUCCGUGAUGCCAUUUGGAACAGCAGGAAGACCAUUUGCAUUGUGACAAGGCAGUUCCUCAAGGAUGGGUGGUGCGUGGAAGCCUUUAAUUUUGCCCAGAGCAGAUACUUUUGUGACCUGAAAGAUGUCCUCAUUAUGGUUGUGGUUGGGUCACUUUCUCAGUAUCAGUUGAUGAAAUACAAACCGAUUAGAGUCUUUGUGCAAAGGAGUCAGUACAUGCAGUGGCCUGAAGACCAUCAAGAUGUAGACUGGUUUUUAAAUAACCUUUCUUACCAAAUUCUGAAAGAAAAAAAAGUGAAAAAGAAAUCCAGUGUUAUAGAAAUGCAAACUGUAAGGACAAUCUCGUAG